AUGUCUCUGUACUGGAGUAUACUGUUAUGUUUAAUUGUCAAAAUAGUAUCCGCUACUUCCAUCAAUGGUCGGUUGAAUAUUAAUUUGACAAGAUCUUUGGGAUAUACCACAUCGAGAUCCGCUUUUAGAUUGUACCAAAUUGGCGGCUCUGAAGGAUUGACACCGUACAAGGGUGUCGCCCACGUACAUGAUAUUGAAGGCAACUUUGCGUUCGACAGUUUACCAAUAAAUCAAGGAAUCAAUGAAACAACAUACUUUGUUUUACAUCCUGAUUCUAUAGACUUCAAUCUAAAACCUAAUAGAGUACUAAUUGAGUUCAGAAAACUAGAAAAUGGUACUCUUAAAAUGAAUGCAUACAGAAAUAUAUUUGGUAAGGAAUAUUUUCCAUCGGAAGAUAUAAUUUAUCCUGACAAAUUGGAAAAAAUUGAAUGUAAUCCAUAUAUUGAGUUUACUGUGGUGAGUCAAGCACCUUUAAGACAAUAUUUCAUUGUCAGGAAUGUGGGGAUUUUUCAAGGUGGCCCCUUAGCUAAGUUUGUCAAUACACCUUGGAAGUUAGCUGGUAUUAUAACUAUGAUAUGUAUUAUGGCAUUCCCAUAUAUUAUCGAAAAGCUUGAUCCAGAAACCGCCAAAGCAAUGAAGGACGACACUCAAAGGACACAAAGAGAAAAAUAUGAAAUCAAGGGGAAUGAGUGA